AUGGACAAAGUGACAUCAGCCGAUCUUCGCGCCCACAUGCACUCCAGGAUCAAGCUGAUGCGAGAGGAGCAGGUGGAGAAUGCGAAGGAGGUGGCGUGCGCAUCGCCGCGGCCUCCCGUUGUUCUCUCGAGUAGCAUUCUGCGUCUUUCUCCAGGCGUUCAAUGCAGGUGUCCACCCGGAGGGACGUCGGCCCACUUCACCAGAGGCUCGGAUAGCAUGACGAUGAACAUCGCCCCGACGGUCUCUGCGUUGCUGGAUCGUUUAAGCGAUGGCCAGCCGCACAGUGUAGAGUCACUACCCUGUGACGAUCCUGUCGAGCGCAUCUGUGUUUGCAACAUCUUCCUGUUGAAGAAGUGCUUCGACUUUGCCACGAAGCCGACCUUCGCGCCUCCUGUGCGGCA